GGAAGGAUCUGUGGAGGAGGAGGAGGAAACGGUGUUUAAACUUUCGAUAAUAGCAUGAAAUGAUUGUGAAGCAAAUAUUGAGGACAGUUUGAACGAAGCAGCGGGUUUAUAGCAACACAGUCAGUCUUACGUACGUACGUGAGAGCUGCUGUACUUUGUAAUCAAUUUAAAUAUGGCUUCUGUUAAUGUAUUGGUACAGAAGAAGUGGCUGUUACGAAUUAGUAAAUCACUACAUGGGAACAAGUCAGCUUCCCGCUUGUUCAGCAGCUCCAGCCGGUGCAUGACGGUCAUGCCCGCCUGGGUCAUUGACAAAUACGGUAAGAAUGAUGUUUUACGCUUCACAAACGACGCCAAUUUUCCCUUCAUCCGUUUUCCCAACGAGGUCAUCGUCAAAGUACAUGCAGCGGGACUGAACCCAGUGGAUAUCGCCAUGAGGGGGGGCUCCGGCUCAGCGUCUCUGUCCAUGAGGAGAGACCCUUACCGCCUGAAACAGGCCGGCUGCCAGUUCCCAAUGAUCCUGGGGAGGGAGGUGUCGGGGGUGGUCAUGGAGUGUGGUCUGGACGUCAAGUACUUCAGGGAGAGGGAUGAGGUCUGGGCCGCGAUCCCACCGUGGAAGGAGGGCAGUUUGGCCGAGUUUGUUGUUCUCAGUGGAAAUGAGAUAUCCCACAAACCAAAGUCACUGAGCCACAAGGAGGCAGCAGCGAUCCCGUACGUGGCCACCACGGUCUGGUCAGCACUGGUCAACACUGGGGGGUUGAGGAAGGACAACUGUGCUGACAAGAGGGUUUUGAUCCUCGGAGCCUCUGGAGGAGUGGGAACGUUCGCCAUCCAGUUGCUUAAAGCGUGGGGCGCCCAUGUGACUGUUACCUGCUCCCAGAAUGCCGUGGGGCUGGUGAGGGGCCUGGGGGCCGUCCAGGUGCAUAGGUUUGACCUGAUUCUGGACAAUGUGGGAGGCGACACAGAACGAUGGGCACUGAAGCUGCUGAAGCCGUGGGGCGGGGCCAAGUACGUGACCCUGGUGACGCCGUUCCUCCACAACACCGACUCCCUGGGGAUCGCAGAUGGAAUGAUGCAGUCGGCCGUGACGUUCUCCACCAAGGCCCUGAAGCACCUGACCAGAGGAGUCCACUACCGCUGGGGCUUCUUCUCACCCAGUGGUGCUGCUCUGGACCGGGUCACAGAGAUGGUGGACGCAGGACAGAUCCGACCAGUGGUGGAGGAGACGUUCAGUUUUUCCCAGGUUCCUCAGGCCUUUGAGAAAGUGGAGAAAGGCCACGCCCGAGGAAAGACCGUGAUCCAGGUGUUUGAAAACAGUACCGCUCCGUAGAACUGACUCUGGAACAGAACAACCAUCAAAGGAGUUCUGGUGUUCAGGACCUGGAGGAAACUUUUUUGUACUGGUUCAGUCAGCGGUCGGUUCUACAGGAAAUGACAUCAGGACGCCACCUAUCAGCGGUUUGUCUCCGUCAGUCUUUGUGAUCAAAUCCCACAGAAAGCAGUGGCUCCAGAUCUGUGUCCAGCAGAGGGCAGUAGAUAGAAGUUUGAGUUGAAUUUUGCAGGUGUUGUCUGGAGGAUGUGACAUCACGUGUGUUGAGUCAGAGAAGUUUCAGUACUAGUUAUAAAUAUUCUAACGGUGCAGGUUGAUGGUUAACCA